AUUUUUUUUAAAUAAACACUGGGUGUGAACAGUAGGAUGUAUCUAAGCAGGAGGGUAUUAAAAAUAAUGUAGGGAGACCAACCUAACGGGUAGUUAAAGUGCUUCUGAGGACAUUUUGCAGGCUCCUCCUAAAGACUGCCAGUGUGGGGGCUUGUCUGAUAUCCUUGGGGAGUGAGUUCCAGAGUAGGGGGCCCACCAUAGAGAAAGCCCUCUCCCUUGUCCCCACCAAUCAUGCCUGCAAAGGGGGCGGGAGCGAGAGGAGAUGAUCGAAGAGAUCACAUGGGUUCAUAAACAGAAAUGCAGUCACGCAGGUAGGUGGGUCCCAAACCAUUCAGGACUUUGUAGGUAAGAACCUGCACCUUGAAUUGGGACUGGAAAAUGAACAGCAGCCAAUGGAGCUCCUUAAACAGCAGGAUAGACUGCUCCCUGUAAGUUGUUCCAGUUAGUAAACUGGCUGCCGCCCUUUGUACCAAUUGAAAUGUCCCAAGCCGUCUUCAAGGGCAGCCCCACGUAGAGUGCAUUACAGUAAUCCAAUCUGGAGGUGACUAAGGCGUGGACCACCAUGGCCAGACCCAACUUCACGAGGUGCAGAGAGGAAGAAUAAAUCCUCUCAGGGUGAUGAUCUUGCUGAACUCCUGACCUCAUUUACCGUUAAGAAGAGAAAAAAAACAGAAAUCAAGUAUCUGUAUAGCAAUUAGACACCCAUAUCACUGUUGACAUGAAAGAGAAAGCAUUUAAAUGCCUGGAGUGUGGAAAGAGUUUCACUCGGAAGGAUUCUCUGCAGCAACAUGAAAGGACUCACACUGGGGAGAAGCCCUAUGAAUGCCAAGAAUGUGGAAAGAGCUUCACUAACAGUGGAGGUUUACAUUUACAUCAUAUGACUCACACUGGGGAGAAGCCCUAUGCAUGCCUGGAGUGUGGACAGAGCUUCACUUCUACUUCAGAUCUACUUUCACAUCAAAGAACUCACACUGGGGAGAAACCCUAUGCAUGUCUGCAGUGUGGAAAGAGCUUCGCUCAUAAUUCUACUCUACGUUCACAUCAAAGGACUCACACUGGGGUGAAGCCCUAUCAGUGCCUGGAGUGUGGACAGAGCUUCACUAAGCGUGACAGUCUAAGUUCACAUCAAAGGACUCACACUGGGGAGAAACCGUAUACAUGCCUGAAGUGUGGACAGAGCUUCACUCAUAGUUCAAAUUUACGUUCACAUGAAAGGACUCACACUGGGGAGAAACCCUAUGCAUGCCUGGACUGUGGAAAGAGCUUCGCUUAUAGUUCAAGCUUACUUUCGCAUCAAAGGACUCACACUGGGGAGAAGCCCUAUACUUGCCUGGAGUGUGGACAGAGCUUCACUAAGCAUGGUAAUCUAAGUUUACAUCAAAGGACUCACACUGGGGAGAAACCCUAUCAUUGCUUGGAGUGUGGACAGAGCUUUGCUCAAAGUUCAGGCCUACGUUCCCAUCAAAGGACUCACACUGGGGAGAAACCCUAUACAUGCCUGGAGUGUGGAAAGACCUUCACUCAUACUUCAAAUCUACAUGCGCAUGAAAGGACUCACACUGGGGAGAAACCCUAUACGUGCCUGGAGUGUGGAAAGACCUUCUCUCAUAGUUCAAAUCUACAUUCACAUCAAAAGACUCACACUCGAGAGAAGCCCUAUACAUGCCUGGAGUGUGGAAAGAAAUUCACUUAUAGUUCAAGUCUUCGUACACAUGAAAGAACUCACACUGGGGAGAAGCCCUAUCAGUGCCUGGAGUGUGGACAGAGUUUCACUAAGCGUGGUAGUCUAAGUUCACAUCAAAUGACUCACGGAGGGGAAACCCUAUAAUCGCCUGGAGUGUGGACAGAGCUUCGCUCAUAGUUCAGGUCUACGUUCACAUCAAACGACUCGCAUUGGGGAGAAGCCCUAUCAGUGCCUGGAGUGUGGACAGAGCUUCUCUGAGAGUUCAAAUCUACGUAGAGAUAGAAUUCACAUUGGAGAGGACAGCGGUAUUUGACCCCAGAGAGAGACUCUCCAAGACAAGAGUUUUCAAACUUUUCUUAUUUUAAUGAUACUUUAUUUCAUUUUUGCAGUUUUGUGACUUAAAGGAAUGGGGAACAAAGAAAAGGAAAAAAAGAUGUGAGUUAGUAAAAAAUAUGUGUUGACCAUCAAGUUUUGUUAGUAUAUUAAUUUGAUACAUGAGUCUGUUGUAUCACCAGAGGUGUGAAGAGGAAGGGUAUUAUUGUAGAUAUUCUUUAACAUAUAAAGGUGUUCCAACUACAAUAUCUUUGGUUCCGAAAGCAAAUGAAUUCUUGUCAUCUGGCAUUCACAUUGAUCUUUGUUUUCUUAUAUUGUCCCACCGUUAUCUUCUCCUCUAAGCCUGUAUAAUAAGUAUUUUUUUCUAUAGUUUUUCUCAGCUUACUUAUGCAUACUCUGUUUUUACCCUAGAUUUAAUAUUAUCCAUCCAUAACGAAAUGAAACAAUUUUCACUUGGCCUUACCAAAACACAAAAUAUAAACACAACAUACAGUAUAUAUCUAGUCCGAGUAAAAACAGAAAUAUAUUGAUACAUAGAGAAAAAAUGGGUUUGGCCUACUUGUAACAAAAUAUACCUUAAUCUUAAGUAUAUACAUCAAAUGUCUUAAUCCCCCUUACACUGUAUACCAAUCUGAUCAAUAUAGUCUAAUCUCCUUUUAGAUGCUUUUUACAGAUAAAAAUGUAGUUUUGGCUGCUGUAUUCCAGCUUAUUUUAUUACAAAUAAAAGGCCAUAAAGGUUGUUUCUUUACUUUUUUGUACAAACAGCAGCUUUGUGAUACGUGGUUCAUAUUCAGGGGUGCCACAGAUACAGGCUACUUCAUCACAUUAGAGAAUGAAUCCACUUUAAAUCUGAUUUCUGCCUCCUGCAGAAUUCUGGGGUUUGAAGUUUAGUGAGUCUGUUAAACGCUCCUCCCUAAACUACAAACCUCAGAAUUCUGCAGGAGGCAGAAACUGGAUUUAAAGUGGAUUCAUUCUCUGGUGUGAUGAGUCUUUCUUCAGGUGGAAUAUGAUUAAAUCUGCUGUGUCUCCCCAUAGACUCCAUUUAUUCAAAUCUGGCCCUUGUAAAAGCAAUUCUUUUUUUCUUUUUUUAAAGAAGUUUUUUAUAGUCAAGAAGAUAGUGUACAUAGAAAGUGUGAGAACAAUUUUCGAAUAGGAAAGUUAGGAAAAAGGGUCGGCAGGAAAAAGUGUAAGGUUAAAGGAAAGGAAAGUUUAAAAAAACACCUUAUUUCCAUAUGUAUAUGGAAAAACAUUGAAAUAGGUAAUAAUAAUAAUAAUAAAAAUAGAGGAAGAGAAAAAAAAGUUGGGACUUCCUUCUAUUCUUUGGUGGUUGUAAGAAAAGGCCAAAAUUGUUUUUACAUAUUUGGAAAGUCUACUCCUUCCCUGUAUUAAAUUGACCUUCUUGUGACUUUUUUAUUUCAUAUUGUCAAGUCUAUAUUGAUUGAGUUAAAAUAGUCUUUAACCAGGUUCCACUUUGUUGUUUUUUUUUGGGGAGACCAUGAUUUGGUGUAAUCCAAUAGGAUAAAAGCAAUUCUUAAGUGUCUCGGCAUAUCAACUUUUAAGUGCCCACUGAAAAUUUUGUUUAAAAUGACCUAAUGACUUCAAGCAGCCUGUGUUUGACAAAGUGGCUAUAUCUUUCUGCGCUUCAGUAUCUAAAGUCCUUUGAGUUACUAUCCUUUUCUCAAAAUCCCUAAUAUGACCUAAGGAAGAGAUUUGUAAUUCACAAGUGCAUAUUAAUUGGAACCAUAUUAAUUGGUCAGACCAGGAAGCUUGAAUUUGGUCAUUAGUUAGUUCUGCCAAGCAUAAUUUUAGGAGUCUACCAUUUUCCAGUUUCUUUUAUUUUUGACUAAUAAUUGAAGACCCUGAUUUUGGUGAGUCCUUCAAUUGAGUAUAUUUCUAAUUCUGCUCUGAUACAAGCAGCUGUAGCACUUAUGUCUACCCUCAGCAUCUGUCUUAGGAAUUUUGAUUGGAUUUAUUCCAUUACCGAUAAUAUGUUUAGACCCCAAAUUUUGACCCUGUGUAGUAUCAUAGGGACAAUCUUGUUCUGUAAGCUUUUAUUAUCAGGAUUAAAGACUCUUGGUAUCUAUGGGAUAGUAGGCUUGUCAGUGUGUUUGAGCAUGCCCUCGUUUUAAUUGCGCAUGAGUGAAAAUGUGCAGGCCAUGAACCUGACUCCGAAAAGACUGACCCAAAGUAUGUAAAUGAGCUCACCUGUUCUGUACCCUCCGCAUUUAGGAAUCAUUUAUGCCUUCAUGGGUGAUUUCCAAACACUGUUAUUUGUAUUUAGUUUUGUUUACUGUCAAUCGUUUUUGUGGGCAUGAAUGUUAAGUUUGCUUAGUAACCUACUUAAUCCAAUCUGCUGUCUUCCCGCUACACGGCAGUGAUACUAACUUUUCCUGCGAAAAUUCCCCAUGAGAGCUACGUGCCUUGUAAGCUUACUUUGCAGAUAACCCUUGUAUAUAGGAUUAUGUAAGCCGAGUAGAAUAAUAAAGGAGUAAAAUCAA